AUGGCUGAGCUGUCGUCUGCUCUACCAAAGAACUGUGUUCUCUACCAGUUUUCAUUUGCCACCCUGGGUGAGCUUCCAGCGUUUUUCGCUGGAUGGACAGCUGUUUUGGAUGCUGUGUGCAUCACAACAAUCCUUUGCAGAACAUGGAGCGAACAUGUGGUGGGUGAUUUGAUGUCUAUGCUUCGUUACCGCCUUUUACCCACGAUUUUCGUUCCAGAAUCUUCUUUUUCGUCGUCACCUGCAUCGAUUUAUGUCGUUGCCGUUAAUGCAUCGGGAAUCUGGGAUGUGGAUCGUCAGCGAAGAAUACGACCUAUCAGCUCUCCUGGCGGCGAUGAUGUCUGUAUUUAUUUUGUGCUGCAACCUGAGGGUUCGUUCUCGGGCGUGUUACUUUCAUUGGUUUGA